AUGGUGGUUAAAAAAUGUUAUAAGUGCAAGAAAAAUAUAACAAAAAAGUCGCCGGGGAUCGACUGCAGUAGAUGCAAUCGCAUUGUCCAUGGUGAUCCUGUUUGUGCGAAGCUAUCCAACAAGCAGCUUAACGCCCUUCGAAACUCAUCAAGCAUCGAAUGGAGCUGUGAUGAAUGCCAGAAGAAUGUGUCGCGCAGAUCAUCCUUCAUCACUCCCAAUGAUGACUCUGAUGACGAGGAUGACGAAGAAUCGGAACCGAAGGAGCAAGUUAAUAUAUCAAACCUGAAUGUGAAACAACUUGUUGCUGACAUAAGCAGAGAGCUUAAGAAAACUUUUAAAGCAGAGAUGGGUCACAUCGAGUCCUCUCUAAACUACUUGUCGGACCAGCAACUGAGGUCAUUGGAGCAAGGGAAACUGGGUGAUACGCUGGAGGUGGCGGGUCUCCCGGAUACUACGCCGGGACAGUUGAAAAACGUUUUGGAAGUGUUAACAGGCAAGCUUGAGGUUGAUAAUGCUGAUAUUAAGUCAACCCAGUGGUCAAAAGGAACUAAUGAAAGACCUGGACUACUACUAAUAAAAUUGAACUCCAGAACUAUGCAGCAUCAAUCCAUCACCGCAAGUAAAGCUAAGUGUAUAACAUUAGGUCAAAUAUUACCAGAGGCCCCAAAUGAGAUCAUCAAUAAUAGGAUCUAUGUGAGAGAAGCCUUGACAAAACACAUUAAAACUAUUUUAUACAAAACUAAAUCCAGACUCAACAAGUCAUAUAAGUUUAUAUGGUGUAAAGAUGGAAAAGUCUUUGUGAGAAAAACCGAGGAGAGUAAAAUUCAUCAGGUUAGAUCCCUAGAGGACAUCCUUAGACUAGAAAAAACACCUGUCUUUUCUACACCUAUAUAA